AUGCACGACCGACCGACUGAGCGAGCGAGCGAGCGAGCGAACGAGCGCGGGAGGGAGGAGCCGGCGGUGCGGGCUCAGGAUGGAGAAGUGCAGCGGGGCGCCGCUUUGGGUCCGGGCGGCUGGGCGGAGGAGGCGAAGAGCGGCCACCAGGUGGCGCCAACGAGCCGGCCCGGGCCCCGGGUCCCGGGUCCCGGGUCCCGGGUCCCGGGCGGGGCCGCCCGGGCAACUGCAGCAGCGGCCCCGGGGCCCGGGGGGGCGGAGGACCUGGCCCAGCUCCCCGACGAGGAGCUGCUGCGGUGGAGCAAGGAGGAGCUGGUGCGCUGCCUGCGGCGCGCCGAGGCCGACAAGGUCAGCGCCAUGCUGGACCACAGCCACCUCAUCCGAGAGGUCAACCGACGCCUCCACGGACACCUCGCCGAGAUCCGGGGGCUCAAGGAUAUCAACCAGAAGCUGCAAGAGGACAACCAAGAGCUGAGGGAUCUCUGUUGCUUCCUGGACGACGACCGGCAGAAGGGCAAAAGGGUGUCCCGGGAGUGGCAGAGGCUGGGCCACUACACCGCCGGGGUGAUGCACAAGGAGGUGGCCUUGUACUUGCAGAAGCUCAAGGAGCUGGAGGUGAAGCAGGAGGAAGUGGUGAAGGAGAACCUGGAACUGAAAGAGCUCUGCGUGAUGCUGGACGACGAGAAGGGGGCCGGCAGCAGGUGCUCGAUGGCCAGCCAGGUGAGCCUCUGCCAGCUCACCGCCCCGGCCGCCGCCACCUCCGCCUCCGGCCCGUACGGCCGGGACGUGGGGGACGGGAGCAGCACGUCCAGCGCCGGGAGCACCGACAGCCCGGACCACCACAAGUCCCACUCGACCACCAGCCCCGAGCACCUCCAGAGGGCCAGGAGCGAGGGGAGCCCCGAGCACGCCCCCCGGCCCCCGGCGUCCGGCAGCCCCGAUCGCCAGAAGCAGCUCAAGGGGCCCAGCCCCGAGCACCACAGACCCGUGGGGGCGGGCGGCCCCGACCAGCCGAAGCACGGCGGUGGCGGCGGCAGCCCGGAGACCCUACCGAAGGCCAGGCUGAGCAGUAGUCCCGAGCACUUUCAGAAGCACAGGCCCGGCGGGAGCCCGGAGCACCAGAAGCACAGCAGCGGCAGCCCGGAACUCCGGCAGAAGCACACUCUGAGCGGGAGCCUGGAACACUUGCCCAGGGUCAGGGGCACCAGCCCCGAGCACCUCAAGCAGCAUUAUGGGGGCAGCCCGGAUCACCUCAAGCACGUGGCCGGCGGCGGCGGUGGCCGCGAAGGCCCCCUCCGGAGACAGGCGCCCGACGACGCCUCACCCCAUCACAGGAGCGUGUACGGUGGGAUGAAUGAAUCAACCUUGUCCUAUGUUAGGCAGCUGGAGGCCAGAGUAAGACAGCUGGAAGAAGAGAACCGUAUGCGGCCCCAGGUUGUAUGGAGGAAACUUGGAGAUGCUGCAGGUUCGUGUCCUGGAAUUAGACAACAUUUGUCCGGAAACCAGUACAAAGGACCCAUGUGACCGUGGUUUCCCUUUGGAUGUGAAGAGUUUAGAACUGCCCAGGGAGGCUGAGGGGAGAGUGACUUCUCUGACUUAUGGAUCGACUAUGGAAUGCCCUCUGUCCUGCGAUGGGACUCUCCAAAAACUUCAAUUCUACUCCUGCAGUUGUAGAUGUCUUCUCAUCGUGUGCCCUAAGCUUUCCAACACUCCCGUCUCCAUGCCCCACUGCCCAGCGUGGCUUCUCUGAGUCUCAGCGCCGCCAUUUUUCUGGCACGAGGAGGCGGACACUUCAAGUCCUGUGAUUUCUAAGUCGGUAAUGAGGAGAGUCUGCCUAAGACACAGCAGCAGAAGAAGUUUGGCAAGUCAUCCAGUGCCACUCCAGGGAUUUAGGACUGCCUGACUCUGGAUGAAGUGUUUGCCACCAGGUGGUAGAGAAAUGAAUAGAAGGGGCCUUUCGGGAUCCCAAGAGUAAGAAGGAAUCAAUCAAUCAGUCGAUCAGUUCCUGGUAGCUCGUGCUUCAGUCUGUAAGGUCUUUGUUACUGGUGCUUAGAUAACAUGCAGAUUUAAAGGGGUUAAAGUUUCCCAAAACCUUUCAGCAUUCAAGUAUUUGGAUCUGAGGUGCUAUGGAAAUCCAUGUUGACUUUUUAUCGGUUAAUAGUGUAGCAAAAAAAUUCCUCUGAGUCCUAGAAAUGAAAGCCAGUUUCUUCCCAACUGGUCUAGAUGGACGUAGGUUCCGUUCACCCUGAGGGAUCCUUCUGGAAGACCUAUUGUGAGGAGAACUCACCCUCAAGGGGGCAAGAAGAUUCUGAAGACCUUCUGGCUUUAAUUCUGAAGCUUUUGAACCCACACCAAGUUUUCUUCGGAAGCAUCUCCGACUAUGGGAUGUCAAUUUUUGACAGCUUAGUUUCUAGAGACGUGCUGAUCUAUUUAAGUGAACUCUGUAUAGACUCUUAAAGAUUACACUGCAUUCAUCAACUGUAGCUUUCUUCAGAAGAACUGUUUCAUGAUACUCAGCGCAUGCCCAUUAUUCUGAGGCAAACUAAGCAUUCUUGUUCAGAUUUGCCCAAGCUUUGACCAAGAGAUGGAUCUGGAUGGGUUUUGUUUAACCGGGGCGGGGGGAGGGGGACCGCGCGGGGCGGGAUGUGUAUAACAUUGUGUGUAUUGGAACUGCUCUGAUGGGUGGAUCCCAAUGCAGUGAUCUUCCUCAAUGAAGACACAAGAGACCUGCGACAAAGUGUUAAUGCCUAGGUAUGCACCGUAGCUAAGGAUGAAAAAACAUAGGAAUGCAACAAGGUUUGGAGUUUGUUCUUAAUCACUGAGAUUUGAGUCAGAGCGGGUGUUCUCUGUUUUCUGUAGACUUGUUGUACUUUGUGCUAAAUCGACUGUGGGUAGUGGAAUGUAGAGGGUUUGCCGUAUACUUUUUUUUUUAUAAUGAUACCGUGAUGUAAAACCAUUUUAAUUCAUUUACAGUGAGCGUCUCUAUUAAUGAUCUUCAUCAGGUCCCGAUUCAAACAGAUCUUCUUUUAGAAACGUUCUCCUUUGAAAAUGCUGUUAUGCCAUCGAAGGCUAUUGCUUGCUGUAUCUUAUAUUCUUUUGGGACAAAGAAACCGUUUUUAUCUUUAAACUUAAAUUGUUGUAUUCCUACCCUACGAUGACUUUCCAAACAAGUUUUUGUGCCUGCAGGAGGACUUGCAGUAGCUCAUUCAAGGGACCACUGGUCUUUUGACAGAACACUUGUGUAAAUUUUGAUACUGUAUUAAAACUAUUUUUUUAAAGUUCUGCAUUCAAUUGAGUAUCAAGUAUAUGUGUUCAUCUUAGCAACGGUAAUAAAUUAUUUAAUCUCAUA